AUGAGGGCUGUGCUGCUGGUGGCUCUCCUGGUGCUGGUCCUGGUCCUGGUGCUGGCCGCCACUUCCCAGGCACAGGAGCAGCUCCCCAAGGAGUCCCACAAUAUCAACUGGAAUAAGUUUUCAGGCUUCUGGUAUAUUCUCGCCAUUGCCACUGAUGCCAAGGGCUUCCUGCCGGGCAGAGAAAAAAGGAAGCUAGGGGCGUCCCUGGUGGAGGUCCACAAGGCGGGCCAGCUGAAGGUGGUCAUCGCCUUCAGUCGGUCCCAGGGGUGCCAGUCCCACACAGUCCUCCUGCGGAAGGACUACAAGAAGGCCGUGUUCAGGAAUACCUUGAGGGGGAUCAAAGCCUUCCGCGUGCUAGCCACUGACUACAGCCACGGGGUGGUCCACGUUCGGCUGGGCCGGGCCGGCCGGGAAUACAAGACCCUGCUGCUGUUCAGCCGGCGGACCACGGCGAGCUUCCUGAGCAUCAAAGAAUUCAUGGACACAGCUGAGGUGCUGCAGCUCCUAGACGAUGCAACUAUCCUUCCAAAAGAUGCCUCCUGUGCGAACACCCUUCUGCCGUGA